AUGGAGGCACAAGGCCCAUACCUGAACUGCUCGGCCCUGCUGUCUCCCCUGGGUGUACUCCGCUCGCUGCAGAUCCUGUUCGGCUGUAUCACCCUGAGCCUAGUUGCCCACGAUGGGGGUUACGGAGAGGCGUACGGCUACUUCUGUAUGUUCGCCUGGGCCUGGUGCCUGGCCCUGAGCGGCCUGAUCGUCUCCCUGGAGCUCUCCCGGCUGCAGGGCUGCCUCGGGCUGUCCUGGGAGAACUUCACCAUCUCGGCGGCGAUGCUGGCCGUGCUGAUGGAGCUGACCGCCUCCGCUGUCUACCCGGUCUACUUCGUGCAGCUGGAGUGCGGGGCGGGGAGCUGCGGCUCCCGCAGCUUCAGGCUCUCGGCCAGCGCCUUCUCGGCUCUCACCUGCAUCGCGUACGGGGCCGAGGUGCACCUGAGCCGGGCCAGGCCGGGACACACCGGCGCCUACAUGGCCACCACCCCGGGGCUCCUCAAAGUGGUCCAGGCGUACGUGGCUUGUAUCAUCUUCGGGGCACUGGCCAACGGCAGCGAGUACAGCCGCUACCCGGCCACCCAGUGGUGUGUGGCCGUCUACUCCAUGUGCUUCACCCUCACCUCCCUGGUCAUUGGUCUCAAUGUAUCCGGACAGACCGGGGCUCUCAGGUGCCCCUUCGACCGGCUGGUGGUCCUCUACACCUUCCUGGCCACCCUGCUGUACCUCAGCGCCGCCGUGGUCUGGCCCAUCUUCUGCUUUGACAGUAAGUACGGCUCGGUGGAGAGACCGGCCUCUUGCUCUCUGGGAGACUGCCCCUGGGACAGCCAGCUCAUCGUCACCAUCUUCACCUUCAUCAACCUCAUCCUGUACCUGGUCGACCUGAUUUACUCUCAGAGACUCCGCUACAUCCCGGAGCCUUGAAGGAACACCUCCCCCACCUCUCUCUCUCUCUCUCUGCAAAACGACAACAAAAAAUAUUUGACUCACCAAAGAAAAAAAUGCUUUAACUGAGAGCUGUUCUGUAAAGUCUUUACGGAUCAAGAAAAUAAAAACAUUGGGAUUUGACAUUACACCUCAAUUGAGAAAUUGCACCUCACGUGGUGAUGUCUGAAACAUUAAACGCCUUAUCGGUGAUGACUUGGAAACCUUCUCAGGAUGUUUACUGGACAGUAGGUACCGUGUUUAUUAUAGAGAGUGCCAAACUUCUGACAGCUUUGUGAAGAAGGGUCACUGAAGCGUUGACUCUGAUUGCUCUCUCCACAGAAGCUGCCAGACCUGCUGAGCUUUUCCAGCGAUUUCUUUUUUUGUGUGUCACAGCACUUGUAUUUAUCACAGCUUUUGUUUUUGGUUUGUGGAGGGGCGGGAUAACAAGGCAAAUGCUCCUCCGGUCUUUAAAAAAAGUUAUUGCACAUGGGUCUAGUCACAGAAGUAAGGCUAAACAAGUGAGCGUUAGCCCGUGCGGCCUGUAGGAAUUCCCGGCCAGCUAAUUAUUUCUUGUCAUUCUUUCUGUAUAAGCCACAUCGCCAUGUCCUUUUGUCUGAGUCUCCUUUGUGUUUAUUCAGCUUCUAUUUAAAUCCUCUGUCAUUCACGUCAACCACAUGGUGUGGCUGCAGAUUCUCAUCAAUGUCGGUGUAAAGAUCUUUCUCCCAAAUCCCCUUUGUUGGUUCAUUGCUGACUGUCUGUCUCAACUUUAACUCCUAGGAGAAAGUGAGGACUGCAGAUGCUGGAGAUCAGAGCUGAA